UUCGCCAUCGUGUUCAAAACUCCGAAGUAUCGUGACCAGAAUCUCCAGAAACCCACGUCGGUGUUCGUUCAGCUGAAGAGAAAAUCUGACAACGAGACCAGCGAACCCAAACCCUUCACCUACCACCCCCAGAUCAUAGAUAAAGAGGAAGUGCAGAGGAAGAGACAGAAGACGUUGCCCAACUUCCACGACCUCAGUGGGGGGGGAGGAGGUCUGUACCGAGGAGGAGGAACAGGAGGAGGAGGAGGAACAGGAGGAGGAACAGGAGGAGGAACAGGAGGAGGUACAAUUAUGGAGCCGGAAUAUUAUACAAAAUAAAGUG